GACUAAAUCCUUGGCGCGGAAAUUGGCAAAUGAAGCUCUCAGAUCGCCGCAAUUGCAACGCAAUAUAAAAAAGUUGGCAAAUUUAAGCGAGCCUCGAUAUAAUCAUUCUAAAGCGGUAAAAGACUUACUGGUAGAUCAAAAAGAGAUGGAAAGUGUGUUUAAACCGGCGGUAAAUAUGAGAAAGCUAAGCAAGUUGUCGAAUCAUAAAGAAAAAAGGAAAAGGACGAGGAGUAAACAUAGGCACGGAAUAAGACAGCGCAAAGUUUAUCCUUGGUUACACAGACAAAAUUAUAUUAAGAAGGAGCCACGAAAAAUAAAUCCACCUGCUAAUCAUAUCGACAUAAAACAGCCGAAUAUCAUAAAUGAUGAAACGAACAACUCAAUAAUAAAGAAUAAUAUUCAACGAAACUCUAUAACUGAAAACGAUGCCCAUCGUUCCUUAAAAAAUAACAUCGCGAACUCUUCGCAUUCGAAGCGACAGUUUCGGAAAAUCGAUGAUGCAAUUUCAUCAAAACAUGAAAACAUGAUAAAACGCUUAAGGCGAAAGAAGAAUUCUCGAAAAAAGGAUCAAAGAAUCGAACAUUCCGAGUAUUAUAACAACAAUAAUCCCGAGGCAAUUAAAGUACAAUUGAAACGAGACGAAACGGAAAUUGGAAACGAUAGAAUAGCCAGGCAAAUCUCGAACAGCAGUUCUAUCUUCAACAACAAUCCGUUCGACCAUCGUUCGCAGUUUAAGCGACAAUUCUCAAACGAAGAUUCCUAUGAUAAAGAUUUAAUUUAUGACGAUUCAUUGAAACCUUGGGAGAGCGGUCGUUCCCUGAUCGCUCAAUCAGAGGAAGAUAAUGCUAUCGAUUACAUGACCACGUAUUCUCCGAUAUUAAUCGAUCAGAAAUUCAAUCCAGGUAGCCUGUAUUAUAUUCCCGACGAACGAACUCAAAAAGAUCCGACGUUUAAUCAAUUUCAAAUAUCGAAUAUCGAUCGAUCUUCUAAAAAGAACGUAUUGUUUGCCAAUGGAAUAGAAACUUCUACUAAUACUUUUAUUAAUUCUGAUCUCGAUCUGGCGCAGAUUCUUACCACCAACGCGAAUACCAUCUUCGGUCACCAAAUCGAAACCGAGCAAAUUCCUAGCGAAGUGCUACAAGAUCAGAAUAGAUUGAACAUUCUUCAUUUACAUCCUAAUUUAAGUAUCGAAUCAGAGAUGAGCAAACCUGAAGAAAUGCAGGUGCUUUAUCCCAACGCGAGGGGCCCGACAGGAGCUUCGAUGAACGUACCGCACAUCCUUCGUAAAGUUCCCGGUACUCUGAACGUAUACGUUGCGGAGAAAAAUGCUGGGCCCGCAUCUGCGUUCAAUGAAUACAUUUAUUCUGUCGGUCCUACAAGACAGCCUCCGCACAAAGUCAAUAAUCACGUUUCGGUUCUUUCUCACUCGAUUAUCAAUCGACCGGUAGAGCAUAUUUUGAUUCCCGAUCGAGAGAAAUAUGUCACACCAGAUCGAUACAAGAGUAUCGAUCAAAAACUAGCAUUGGCCGAGGAAGUUCGCAAAACGAAACAGAAAGCGGCUGCUCGAAUUUUCCACGAACGAUACAAAAAUGACAAGAACGAAGAAUUGACGAAUAGUAAGACAUACGGCGAUUUUGCACCCGCGACGAAGACGAUGGAAGAUACACGACGGGCGUAUGUUUCUUCGUUAAACGAAACCAAGGAAGUCGCGAAUCAAAUACUAGAAAAGAUUGUCAACGAACUGGAGGAGAUUAAAUCAGAUCGAGCGACUGAGAACGAACAAAUAGAAGGUUUACCUUGCAAGAUAUCGGGAUCGUGGGUAACCACACAGGGUGGAAUGCAAAUCGACAUGAAAAUCGCUAAUUGUACCAUAAACGUGACUCUCGCGAGAUUGUCGCCACCGCCCGCUCAUCAGGGUUUUCUGGAUCUCACCUGGAAUCUGACCGGAUACGCGCCGUUCGUGGCGGGUGGACCGUUCUCCUUGCUCGGCAUUGACAAUCGCACGAAGUCUCUGGCGGUAUUUGCAGGUGCGUGCAGAGUAUGCCAAGGUAUCGAUACGAUAGUUGGGGUUUGGUCGAUCGCUCAUAAUCCGCGGGACUGUGAGGACUUUCAGAUAGCCACGAAUAUUUUUAACGACAUAUUUCGCCGUACUAAACUAUCAUCGGAGAUGAAAAGAAAACAUCGAGAGAUCGUACGAUUACUUCAGGAAAACGACAAAGAGAACGCAACACUAGCCUCGACCUCGAAUAAUACAGUACAACAUAAUACCACGUUACAACAAAAUAAUACGUUCCAACAGAAUAAAGUAGAGAAAGGAAAAAUUUAGAUAUAUUUAGCGAAGAAACUUUCUUA